GCACAGGUGGGUGGGCACAGGUGGGUGGCACUGGUGGGCACAGGUGGGCACAGGUGGGUGGCACUUCUGGGCACAGGUAGGUGGCACUUCUGGGCACAGGUGUGUGACACUGCAGAGUGGCACAGGUGGGUGAUCUGCUGGGCACAGGUGGGCGGAGCUAGUGGGCGCACUGCUGGGCACAGGUGGGCAGAACUUGCAGGUGGCACUGCUGGGCACCGAUCAUCAGGGCACUGAUCAUCAGUGUCCUGAUGAUCGCGUGUCAUUGGACACCGCUGAUCACGUGGUAAAAGGCCGCUGGGAUCGGC